CUCUCCAGAAGUGCCUGUUUCUGAGUUACAGGCGCGGCUGCCAAUCAGAGAGCAGAGGAACCGUGACGUGAAAAUUGUUCUCGUCCAAUAGUGUCGCCGCGAUUCGGCACGUGCCAGUUUUCGCGGCAAAAAAGAUUUGGCGCGUAAAUAAGCUAGAGCCGAUCAGCUGAGACAAAAACAACAAUAACAAAAAGGGAGAAACAGCGGAGCAGAUCGGUUCGGGGAGCGGACGGAGGCUCAGCGGCGGACCUGUGGGCACAAAGCGAGAGACUAUCGGGGGUUUAUUGUGGAUGUUUUCGCCUGGAGAGCGCGGCCGACAGGACAGUUGGAUUAUUUAGCUAGUUUUUGGACGGAGGAGCUUCCUGGACGGGUUUGUUUUGUUUCUGGCAGAAAGAGAAACCAAGGGCCGCAGAUAUUUUAAACUUUUACACUGAAAAGCCUCGCCUUGGUCACCUAUUAACUCAUAAUAGUAAAAAAACUCUUUAAAAUGUUUAAAUGUGUAGUUGCUUUAAAAAAAAGUUAAUCUAUAGUUUUUAGAUGCAUUUCUAUCAGCCAUCCAGCUUAAUAUAAAGCUGAACUUGACUGUUGCUGUAACAAUAUCGUAUAGAUCAGCUAACGUUCAUAUUAACUUAACUAGGUUAGUAGCUACAAUAGGCACUAGUAACUUUGUAUAUUCAUAUUUUCUGACUUUCCCUAUGUUUCCUAUGCUAUAUUUAUUAUUGUCCACUAUUACACUUUAAUAGCUUCUAAAUUAGCUUAUAACCUAGCUUGUAUAGUAACCUUCAUAUUUACAUUUCCCACUUUAUCACUUUAAUAGCUUCUUAACUAUAACUGUAGCUAAUAUAGCUAACUAUAGUAAUUUGUAUUCGUAUAUAUUUCCCCAUUUCCCCACUUAUAGCUUCUAUAUUUGCUAGCCAGUUAGCUUUGGGAGCAGAGUUGCAGCUGCUGGCCUUUCAGCUGUCUAGUCAUAGGGGACCAAAACAAAGGGCUGCUAGCACUCAACACUGACAAAUGCAGAUUUUCUGACUUUUAGAGCUGUAAUCCUACUUUAAAGUGUCAAAAACAGCCGUAAUGAUAUUUCCUUACAUUUGUAAUCAUAUUAGGCAACUUUCACUCCUCUGCUUUUUGUCAAACUUUGUACUUUGGCUGUAAGAGCCUUGACCUAGUUAUCUAAGUUAGCUAGUUAGCGUAGCUGUUUUGUUAGUUUAAUGAAUGAAAGCCUCUCAUAUUAAUGCAUUAACUUGCGUUAAAUCCGCAUAUUAAACUUAAAUAUCUCUAUAAGAAAUAUAUACAUAUGUCAGCCUUAAUAUAUGUAAUUAUAACAAGCCCUUAUAAACAUGGCUCCUCCAGCAGGACGGUAUUCUGGCUGCCCUCAGUGUAAUUUCACUCACAGCACACAGUUCAGGGCAGUCUCCUGAACUCUUUUCCACUGAAGGCCUGAAUCAGAGGGUGUUUUCGGAAACACAGCCUCAUUUAAAACGCGCACUCAGACAGACAGUCCAACAUGUCAAAGACCUUCAUAUCAGGCCACACGUCCGAGGACCUCCUGGCCGACUUCGAGUCGCUGCUGAACAGCGGGAGCAUCGACCUGAGCGCCGAGCACCAGAUAGUGAUCAUCUCCACCCCCGGCGGUGUGGAACUUCACCCGGCUGCCACCCACUCCGCGGGCGGGGACAUCCUGCUGUUCGCCACGCCGCAGACCACCCCGGCCCCCCUGGAAGAGAUCCGCAGACCCGCGCUGGGACGACCACCGGUGAAGAGGAAGUUGGAUUUGGACAGCGAUCACCAGUACCUCAGCAGUAAUGGACCACCGUCACAAAUUCCAGCCCCCCCAGCCACUCCCAUUCCCAGAGAAAAAUCUCGCUACGACACAUCACUGAACCUCACCACCAAGCGCUUUCUGGACCUGCUGGCCCAGUCUGCGGACGGGGUGGUGGACCUGAACUGGGCCUCACAGGUGUUGGAUGUCCAGAAGCGUCGAAUCUACGACAUCACCAAUGUGCUGGAGGGCAUCCACCUCAUCUCCAAGAAGUCGAAGAAUCACAUUCAGUGGCUGGGGAAUCGUAUUGACGGGGAAUCAGUGGCGCGAUAUCAGGAGCUGCAGAGGGAGGUUUCUGAACUGUCUGAAGCUGAAGAAAAGCUGGAUGAACUCCUCAACAAGUGCAGUCUCCAGCUCAGACUGCUGACAGAGGACUCCAGCAACAAGAAGCUGAGCUACGUGAGGUGUCAGGACCUGCGGAACACGGUGGACCCCCCAGAUCAAAUCGUCAUGGUGAUCAGAGCCCCUCCCGAGACUCAGAUGACCGUCACAGAGCCCACUGAGGGCUAUCAGAUCUCUCUAAAGAGCUCCAAUGGUCCCAUCGACGUCUUCCUGUGUCCAGAGGACAGUUCUGGGGUUUGUAGUCCUGUAACAGAUUGUAGUCCAGCCAAGUCGUCCAGUCCCAGCCCUCCUCAGACGUCCUCAACAGCAGCACAAGAUGCAGCAUCGACUCCGUCUACUCUGCCCAGCGCCUCGCCUCUUCCUCUGAGUGGAGAGACAGAGUCAUUCCUGGACCCCUUCUCUGGUAUUUGUGAGAUGCCUGAUUUCGAUCUUCCAGUGUUGGGUUCGUCGGACUUCUUACUGGAUCGGGCCACUUCUGGAGGUACAGGUGGGGACAGCUUUGGCCUGCCUAUAGACAGCUUCAUCAGCUUAUCUCCUCCCCACAGCCAGGACUACCACUUCGGACUGGAGGACCACGAGGGCAUCAGCGAACUCUUCGACUGCGACUUCGGCGACCUCGGCCCACUGGAAUUCUGAGAGUGGGUGAGGGAGAUAGAAAGACAGAAAAAAGAGAGAGAGAGAGAGAUGGUGCAGAUAAAGUCUCUUAGCACUCUUGUUCUUUCGCACCUGCUUUAGCAACUGCAUCCUUGCUGGAACUUUUGGAACAUCAGGCACUUUUUACAGAUAGGGCUGCACCAUAUGGACCAAAUUCCAUAUUGGGAUGUAUUGCAGUUAGGCCUGGGCGAUAUGAUAAAACUAUUAUAAUUAUUAUAUUAUAUUUAUCAUGAUACACAUGAUCUCAGUCAAAGUGCAUCAGUAGAUCUCGGCAGAUCUUUAAACUUCACUUUUAUUUAAAAUGUUCUGUCCUUCAUCCAAUUAUUCUGGACUUCAGUGGGUUCUGGGUUCAGUGUUCUUUAAGCAUUGAUUGUAUCUUUGAUAUGUUUAAAUGUUAAGAUUAAGAAUAUUUUUGAUACAAAAAAUGAAAAUGAAAAUAUCAAGAAAAACUAUAAAAUAUCGUCAUAUUGCCCAGCUCUAAUUGCAGUUAUAUUAUGUUACACUUAACAAGUGGUUCAAAACUAGCCUGACCACAAUGAUUUGGGUCCCAUUUAUGUCUUGACGGAUCAGAAUACUCACCGAAACACUUUUUUUUUCUGGAACUGUGAUUGGUCAAGACGUUCUCAGCCCAAAGGGACACAAUACACUGCAGUGAGAGACAGUUUAGAGGAUCCUUUGAUCAGAGCCUACUGCAGAGUCACAGUAAUGAUGUACCAAGUGAUACAUGAUCAUGCAGCCCUAUUGACUAAUCCAAGCAUGAUGCCUCUCUCUCAGUGAAGCAGAAGCAUUGUGGAGAUAUUUCUGUUUCUGAUUUCUCUACCUUCAGCACUUCCUGCUUCAUCAUGUUAAAAGGGCUACAGCUUCACGCUGUCUUACACAGAUUUUACCAGCACUUGGGCUGUCCUAAAGCUCCGCCUCCUUAAGCUUUAGGUGGCCAUUUAAUUUAUUUGUAAUAACUAUCUAUUACCUAAUCUUGUUUUUUUUUCUUCUUUUCUGUUUUAAUUGUCUUAAUUGUUUUAAUGCAGAUGUAAAGCCGAGGGUUUCUUUCGCUAAGUCGUGUAUUAUUUGCGUAGAGGUUUGAAUUGUAACUGACGAGGUUCGUGCGCUCAGGAGAAUAGACCAGUUGUAUGUUCAGGAGUUCAGGAAGGUUGUUUAUUUUUUUAGUUUAUUUGCAGUUGUGUAUUUGCAGCAUGUCUUUGGGGUGCAGUGACAGGACGUUGAUCGGGUAUGUAUGUGCAGCGCUGGAUAAUCAGUUAUCACUGGAAUUUGUAGUUCUUUUUAGACUUAUUUAUAGUAGUCAUUCACUGAAAAGAACUACAAAUUUCAGGUUAUUGUUGGCAUGAAUAGAUUGGGUCUUUAACAUGGUUAAAAGGGGUGCUCCAUCAGUUUGUUUUAUUCCUGCAUUAUUAAAUUAUUAUAGCGUAAAAUAAAAGAGGGUUUGGUGUACAUAAGAUGUAUUGUCCACUGGUGGGUUUAUAUAGUAUAUUAAAUAAUAUGAAAUAGGCAAUAGGUGUGCUGUAAUCAUGUGACCAAUGCCUGGUUCCAUUCAGCUCCACUAUAAGAAAUAUAUUACUAUGAAUUUAUUAAUAAUGGAAUCAUCCCACACCCAAACUACCACAUUGAAUGACUGUUUAUAUCUUAAAGACUUAAUUUUGCAGAAAUAAAAAAAUGGCAGAGUUCCCUCUUUAAAAGUACCAUUUGCCUUAUCCAGUAUUUAAUAAGAUUUUUUUUUCCUUCUUUAUUUUUUUUUAUCUUUACCCAUCUUUAGUCUCACAGACUAAAAAUCUCAUGCCUUUUAAUCUUCUGAUUCUUCUAAUUCCUGCUCAGUUUGCGUUUCAGAAAUAUUGCCUUUUAUCUCAGUACAGACAUGUCAGUUCUGGGUUGUUGUUUUUUUUUGUUUUUUUUUUUUGUUUGUUUUAUUGCUUACGAGUCAAACGCUCAAAGGUUUAAAAUGUUAAAAGUUUGCGCUCUACUAAUAUAUUGCACCGUUCACACUGUGGUGGGAGGUCAUCAUUCCUCAGUUUUAACCUUCCCUCCACUUUAAUCUCUUGCAAAUUUGGUUUUAAAUCCAGAUUUAAAGCCUUAUUUGCUGUGUACAGUCUUUAAUAAAUGUAUUUUAUUAUUGUUAUAUAUUUAUUCCAUUUGUUUUGGGGUACCAGAGUUGUGUAGACAAUGAAGUACUUGUUCUAAAUUGUCUCUCCUGUGAGAAUAGAGGUAUUUUAUUUGUAAUGGGAUUGGUUUCGCCCUUAUUUGUGCUUGUCCGGUAUUUUUUGUUUGUUUGUUUUUUUUGUUUUAAUUAUAUGUGCUAGAUCUCUUAUGCUAUCUUAUGCUGACAUGCUGAAAGGUAUGAUGGGAUAGCGGUGUGUAAAUUGAUCAUGAAGUGUUAUCCUAGGGGACCUCAGUGCUUAAGAACGCUCGUAUCUGUUGUGAGAUGAGGUGUUAUCAUGUGAGUGAGGUUGAACACUGGCCAGUGCUCAUGGCAAGGCCAGGGAAAUUAUAAAAUGAGAGUUGGAUUGAGGCCUGAUGUUUCUGAAGUUGGGCAGGCAUUUAACAUUUGUUUACAGUGUGAUUAUGAUCAUAACUUUUGGCAUGUCAGCGUAAGUAGCUCCUAAACCAACUGUCAUACCUCCAGCUUAUCUGAAGGGUAUUCGUCACUGUACAAUAUAUACCAAACUCCUGGUUUAUAUACAGUACAUAGAUGAAUUAUAAAACUUGGGACUAAAACAGGUCAAAUUGUCACUUUUAGAACUUGAAAAUGUGCCAAAAUGUACCAAAUGGGCCCAAUCUGCUACUUUUAAAGGUUGUAUAGUUUCGACAGUGUGUCUUACAGCAUAUAUGUUGAGCAGUUUUAGAAUAUUUGAUAAGCUAUUUGCUUCAAACGAGUAUGAACUGGUAAAGUUUCAUUUAGAGAGUACUCCUAAAUGGCAUUGCUACUCUAGUCUAAGCAUUGGUCCUGUUUUUUUUAGGAGGUACUAGAUUUGAUUCCAAGUGUACUCUCUAAAUGAAGAGUCUGUAUGGAAACUAGUCCAGGAUUUAAACCCCUGAACUGUUCUUUUGGAAGGCAGCUUAUCGUCACUGUCCAGCAAAAACCUUUUAUGUCCAUUUUACUGUCUAUUUUACUGUUUUUCACCUUUUACAUAAUCUGGUUCAUGUCCCUUGCAUUGUUUUGAAAUGCCAUAAUAAAUGUACUGAUGCAUUGGAGAAAUGCUCCAAAUUGACGUCCACUAAAAAUUAAGAAUUAAGGUUUUUCCUUCCCCUGUAAAGUUUGGCUGUAAAGCUAUUUUGGAAAUACAAGGUUUUUGCACGACAGUGACAUUAAAUGUGUGUGUAUUUGUGUGUUAGCAUAUGUGCAAAGGGGGCUUGAGUGUUGUAUGUUAUAUGUAUAUGUGUUGUAUAUGGAUGAAUAGAAUAUUGCUAUACUACAAACACCAUGAUUCUAAGCUUAAGGAUUCAAUUGUGAGUAGGCCUGUCACAAUAACUAUAUUAUAUUUUGUACAAUAUAUGGUUGCAACAUAUUUUUUUAUUUAUUUUUCCUGGCUAAAAACUUUUGCAUUAUCAUUAUUUUAAUAACAAAAGAUGUUCUUAAAAUGAAAAUAAUAUUGUUUAUUUUAAUUAUUGUCAAAACAAAUCUAUUGUCCGAAUAUAAAUAGUUAUCAUGACAGGCCUAAAUGUGAAUUAAAUGUGUUUUCAAACAUUGUCGGAUCUAGAUUACAUUUGUCAACUGUUCUGUCUCUUUAUUGGCUGAUUUUUAGUUUUCUGCAUGUGUGUUGAAUAAAUGUUAAUGAGCAUGAUGUCACAAUUACAGAUUGAGCAAAUUCACAGAAAAGCAAAAAAAAAAAAUGUUUAAAUAGAAAUAAAUCCAAGAUCAGUUUAGUGCCUGACAUUUGCUUCUUUAUAUUUGCAGGCUUCAUACACCGAUUAAGUCUUACAUUAUGACCACCUCCUUGUUAAUUUACCCAUCAUCCCUUUUCUCAGGCCCACUGAGCAAAUAUGAUUCUAUAAUUCUAUAACUACAGACAGUAGUCCUUUUAUUUUUCUGCAUACUUUAUUAUCCUUGUUUUACACUGUUCUUAAAUGAUCCGGACUCCACAGGACCACCACGAAGCAAGUAUUAUCAUGGUGGUGGUGCGUUAGUCUGUCUUGUGAGCAGCUUCCUGAGGGCAGCGUCCUGUAAACACUGAUGAAGGACUAGAGGUUGACUAACCUAAACUGUGCAGGAACAGAUUUAGAGCUUCUGUUUUUGACUUUACUUCUACAAAGUGAAGCAACUAAAUAGUAAAAAAUACUAAAAAGUAAUAAAAAGAAUGAACACAGGGGGGAAUACAGUGUUUAAAAACUCCAGCAGCACUGCUGCAUCUGAGCCACCUGUACAAGCACACACUAACACACCACCACCAUGCCAGAGUAAAAAGUAAAAAAGUAUGCAGAGAAACAGAAGGAAUAUAGUCGGUAAAUAUAAAACUAAAAGGGGCCUAUGUUCUCAAUGGGGCUGAAAAAAAAUAUAAUGAAUGUAGAAACAAUGAGGUAGUCAUAAUGUUAUCAGUGUAGCUCACGUGCAACGCUCUAAACUGUCACUAAACUAAUCUUGGCUCACUUGUCAUACUUUUGGUGUAUGUUGGGAUGUUUCUUCAAAUCAUCUGCUUCCUUUGAGAUUUUGCAAGAAAAAAUUAAAUACAACUGAAAAAAAAGUUUUUAUUUUUUGCAGCUCGUUAAACAUUUGUUGAACUGCAUUGUGGGUAAACCGGGUGAUACAUGGGUGAGAACUUUGGAAUUAAAAAUAUCAGUCAAUUACUUUUUUGCACUGCCUGUCAUAAUAAAAGUAAUUUUUUUUAUUGUUAUUAAAUGAUUGUUUUACAUCAUUUCAAAUAAAUCAGAUAUACCCCCCAA